CUGCCAGGGGAUUACAUGUCAGUUGGCAACAGCGUGUCCGUCCAGAUAGCCGGGGCACAGUGUGCAGUAUCUUCAUAAACCACGGCCAUGCUUAGAAAAGUGGUUGGAAAAACCAUUGGUUUCUUCGGAUAUGCGAUUCAAUAUGGCUGCAUAGCGCAUUGUACAUUCGAAUACAUCGGAGAAAUAGUCAUCUGUUCUGGACCCUCUAUGGAACCAACCAUAAGGAAUUAUGAUGUUUUACUUUGUGACAAUUUGAGUCGACACCUUUAUUCAAUACAUAAGGGAGAUAUCAUAAUUGCAAAAAGCCCAAACAGGCCAGAAAUCAACAUCUGUAAAAGGGUAAUUGGAUUGGAAGGUGACAAAAUAUGUACCAGCAGCCCAUCAGACCUCAUCAAGAGACACAGUUAUGUUCCCAAAGGCCAUGUUUGGUUAGAAGGUGACAACCUGCAGAACUCCUCUGAUUCCAGAACCUAUGGCCCAGUUCCUUAUGCCCUGAUACGGGGUCGGAUUUUUGUGCGGAUUUGGCCUUUCAGCUCUUUCGGUGUGUUGCAGGAUAGUCCGACUGGCCGCAUAUUGCAAGAUGAUUGACACUAUUUUCUAAUAAUAUUUUAAUGUCUUCUACGUAUUUAUAAAAUAAUUCUUAGGUUUACAAUAAAUUCUUUUUUCUUAUGAAAA